AUGCCUUACAAACCAAGCUCAUUAUCCAGUUUCUCUGAAGAUAUAGCCAACUAUGUCUUUCAAACAAAGAUAAAGAUGCCAUCGAAUGUUAAGACAUACGACGGUCUAGAAGAUCCCGAGGACCAUCUCCGGGUCUUCACGGGAGCUGCUACUGUUGAGCGUUGGAAUAACGCUGAAUACUGUCAUAUGUUUAUGCAAACCCUCAUUGGGCCAGCUAGAUUGUGGUUCUGUGGGCUCCCCACCAGAAUCAUAAAGUCCUUCGACGACCUGUAUAAAAGCUUCUUAGCAAACUUCACCCCUCAAAAGAGAUGUACCAGGGAUGCCACCGUCAUGCAUCAGAUCCAACAGAAAGACCAUGAAGUCUUCCGGGCCUUCAUAGAAAGGUUUAAAAUGGAAGGUUUGAUGUAUAGUGGGGCAACUAAAAAGAUGAGGGUGUCUUCCUUCAUGAAUGCUAUAAAGCCCAAAAAGCUGCUUAGGAGGUUCCAUGAAAACAACCCUAAAACGAUGGAAGAAGCUUUCGAAAGGGCAGAAUCGUUCUUGAAGGGUGGGGAAGCCUUGGAAAAACAAGCAUCCAGAAAGAGAGAACAAGGAAGCUGGAGAGAGCCACCUCCCCCGAACAAGAGGUCGAGAUUUCAACCCUUCGUAGAUCGACGACCAUUCAGGCCCUACGAAAGAAGAAGAUUCGAAGAUAGAAAAAGGUCUCCUCGGCCAAAUAGAAAUCAAGAUAAAGACAAGCAGAUCUUCAUCCUCCUUACCAAAACACCCCAAGAAAUCUUGUCAACAGAGGAAGUCAAGUACAACUUUCGACCUCCCCGACCUCUGUCCAAAGCUGCUAGCAAAAGAGAUGCGAGUAAAUUUUGUCCCUUCCAUAACGACACAGGGCACCACACAAAUGAUUGCUAUUAG